CGAGUGUGGACUGCAAGCGUCUGUCUGAACAUUUCAAAUGUACCUAAAGCGAAAGCUAUUGCUAAUCUUUUUGAUAACCCUGCCAGGGGUAUCAGGUGAGACAGUCGAGAACGGUCAUUGCGCUGCCUCAAGAAAAAUGGAUGAACAGUGCAGCCGCUAUUGCUACAAGAUAGUUAAGCCCCUUCUGCAAUAUGCCGCCUCUGUGCAGUCGAAGGAGAGUCAGUUCGGUGAACUUACGAGCAGAAACCAAAACCACGAAGCGACUAUCAAGUCGUUAGAGGAUCAACUCCAACUAAGCAAGUCACAGCAACAUUUCUGCUUGACUAAAGACGAACUGUUCGAUAAAAUAGAAAGUGCAAUAGUUACCAAAAAUGAUAAUAUAGAGCGACUGAUUAAAGAGUUGAAGAACAUAGAUGCAAAAGACGACGGAAAUGUGAUGAUAAAAGAGCUUGAAAAGAAAAUUAAGGAACUGACACAUGAAACAGUCACCCAAAAUAUGCAUGCCGAAGAUCUAAAUGCAGAGCUCAGGAAAAAAGAUGCCGAAAUACUGAGUCUUAAGUCUCGAAAUAUUGAAUAUGCUGCUAAAAUUAAACAACUUGAGGGCAAUGUAGAAGCCAAGGAUGAUAUUAUGACAAGCUGCAGAGGUAGAGGAACAGGUAUAUUCAAAAUACAAGUUACUUGCUCCAAGCCCUUUGAGGUUUCCUGCGAUUCGAGUCUGGCCGAUUCCGGCUGGACAGUGAUUCAACGUCGUCAAGAUGGCUCUGAAAACUUUAACCGGACUAUGAGUGACUACAGAUCAGGCUUUGGUACACUGACCAACGAAUUCUUCUUGGGUCUCGAUAAGAUCUACUUUUUGACGAGCUCCAAGCAACACGAGUUGUAUAUUUAUCUAAAGGACUUUAAUAAUGAAGUGCGAUAUGCAAAGUAUACUAACUUUAGCAUCGGAGCACAGGAGGAGAACUUUGAACUAAAAUCGUUGGGAGUUUAUUCUGGAACUGCAGGCGAUUCAAUGGCAUCAAAUCUUAAUAUGCAAUUCUCAACGACUGACAAAGACCACGAUAGCUUGACUAAGAUUCAUUGCGCACAGAGCUGUGGCUCCGGAUGGUGGUUUAAGGGCUGUGGCUACAGCUUUCUAAACGGAAUAUACAGAAGAGUGGCAGAAAGUAAACAAAAACAGGGCAUUGAAUGGCAUACAUGGAAACUGGACUCACUUAAGUAUGUUCAAAUGAUGAUCAGGCCAGUGGACUAGAAAGUCUAAUGCGUUAUCAAAUAAUGUUAAAUUAUUCAAUGGUCAAAUCAGAAUUCGAACUUGCAGAUGUAAAAAUUGUAGCAGUCACUGACUACAAGACAAA